AGGCGACUCGCCUCUCCACCAUACAUAACGAAAAGAAAUUGGCUGAAGAGGAGGCUGUUGAUUUAUUCAAAUAUUUCACAAAAAAUAAUGAACAAGUGUCUAAUGCAGGAUCAGCCCUCUCUGCCUGCCUAAACGAUAAUAUGAGGAUUGACUUUUUGAGGUCUCUAAUAACCCCUACGCCUG